AGCAAUGGAUGCCCACAUCAGCUGGCAGACGCUUUGACAGAGGGUAUCUGGGGUUUGGACACAGAGGCCAGUUAGCAGAUAUGGUGAGGCACAGCGUGAUGGCGGAGUUGCAAGUCUUCCAGCAGGGUAACUCCCUGGCUUUUGGCCAAGUAGGGCAGAGCUGUGGCGGAAUUCAGGAGAAUGGGGUCGCCACAGAGGAAAGACAGCACCUUUCCCAAGGCCCAUCAGAUUUUGAGAAAAGCCAGCCAGUGAAAAUCCCAGAUGCAACUAAAAGAAAGAAGAAGAAAAGAACUAGGGCAACAGACAGCUCCACGGACACUUUUGAGGACCUCUAUAAACUGACAGAUGAGGUGCUUGGUCAGGGAGCAUAUGCAAAAGUUCAAGGAUGCAUAAGCCUGCAGAAUGGACAGGAGUUUGCUGUGAAGAUCAUAGAAAAAAGUGCAGGGCACAGUCGCAGCAGAGUCUUUCGAGAAGUGGAGACACUCUACCAGUGUCAAGGAAACAAAAAUAUUUUGGAGAUGAUCCAGUUCUUUGAGGACAGCUCGUGCUUUUAUUUGGUAUUUGAAAAGCUGCGUGGAGGCUCCAUUCUAACACACAUCCAGAACCGAAAGCACUUUGAUGAGCUGGAGGCCAGUAAGGUGGUUAGGGACAUUGCCCAAGCACUUGACUUCUUACACACUAAAGGCAUUGCCCAUAGAGACCUUAAGCUGGAGAACAUCCUUUGUGAAUACACUGAUCGAGUGUCGCCAGUAAAGAUCUGUGAUUUUGACUUGGGAAGUGGAGUGAAGCUCAGCAGCGCCUGUACACCCAUAUCGACUCCAGAGCUCACCACACCGUGUGGCUCGGCUGAGUACAUGGCUCCAGAAGUAGUGGAGGUGUUCACUGAUGAGGCCUCCUUCUACGACAAGCGCUGUGACCUUUGGAGCCUUGGGGUCAUUCUCUACAUCCUGCUGAGCGGCAGCCCCCCCUUCACAGGCCACUGUGGCACCGACUGUGGCUGGGAUCGGGGAGAAACCUGCAGAACCUGCCAGAGUCACCUGUUUGAGAGCAUCCAGCAGGGCAAGUACGAGUUUCCAGACAAGGACUGGGCUCACAUCACAGCGGGAGCCAAGGACCUCAUCUCAAAGCUGUUGGUUCGAGACGCCACCCUGCGCGUCAGUGCUGCUCAGGUCCUAGAGCACCCUUGGGUGCAGGGGAACGCUCCAGAGAGAGGUCUUCCAACUCCUCAUGCUCUACAGAGGAACAGCAGCACCAAAGACCUGACUCAGUUUGCAGCAGAAGCCAUUGCCUUUAACCGGCAGCUAUCUCAGCACGACGAGCAGCAGGAGGAUGUCGGCGUUAUCGUUUGCUCCAUGAGGCUUUCUCCUCCUUCAAACUCCAGACUGGCUCGUAGACGGGCGCAGUCCAAUGCCCUGCGCACCAGGGACUUUGCACCCGCUUCGGACGACCUGGCAGCCUGAAGAACCAGUACAAGCCGCCUCGUCAUGUUCUCUGAUUCUCACCUCUCUGUGUGUGUGUGUGUGUGUGUGUGUGUGUGUGUGUGUGUGUGUG